GUCGGAGCAGUCAGACAGGAGACAAGGGCCUCCGUAGCGCGCGCGUUCGGCCCGCGAGUAGCAGCAGCAGGCAGCAGCCGAGUGGUCGGUGUCUUCUUGCGUGGAUGCAGUCGGUCCCCCCGUGUUGCGGACACCACCCACCAGCACUGCCCGAGUCUCGAACCUUCGCGCGCGGAGAGACUCGUCGUCUCGGACCGGCCGUCGACAUGUCGUGAACAAGAGAGAGACAGAGAGAAUAAAAAGAAAACACAGGGACGAGGAGACUUUUCAGCGGUCGCGCCGGCGUGUGUGGAUCGCGGAUGCGAGUGUGCCCCGUGUUGUGCUACGCUUGUGACAGCUGACGCCGCGGAAGAUGUUCUAGUGAGAGAAAAAAAAAAAAAGAAAAGAAGAAAAAGUGCCGCGUUUGUAUCCCCGCGGGCAGUUAGUUUCUUCCCCGGCGAGUGAAACUUGGUGUUGGGUUGAGGAGGAAAAGGGGGGGAAAAUUAAAUAAACAGAAGAGAGCACCUACAGGGAUAAUCAGUUCGCGCGUGUGUGUCCGAAGCGAGAGAUCGCGGCGAUAGGGGAAAAAACAGCUGCAGUGCGCCCGUUGGGAUUAAACUUUGGAGGAUCUCGUCCGCUGACGCGACAGUGGCGGCCGGAGCCCGGACGGCCAUGUGGCGGCGCGCGGCGCGCUGAGCCUCGCCCCUGCAGCAUGCCCGCGCCGCUCCUCGCCGCGCUGCUGCUGGCGCUGGCGGCCCCCGGCGGCCCGGAGCACGUGCGCGAGAUGGAGGUGUCGGAGGGCGCGCCCGUCGGCACGCGCGUCGGCUUCAUCGGCGACGGCUCGGCGGGCGACGAGAGCGGGCCGCCCUACCUCAUCAUCCCCGUGCCCGGCUCCGCCGUCGACUCGGACCUGGCCGUGGAGCAGACCACCGGCGAGAUCCGCACCAAGGUGCCGCUGGACCGCGAGGCGCGCUCCUCCUACUCGCUGGUCGCCAUCCCGCUGGCCGGCGAGAACGUGCGCGUCGUGGUGCGCGUGCUGGACGAGAACGACAACGCGCCCACCUUCCCGUCGCCCGUCAUGAGCAUCGAGUUCCCGGAGAACACGCCGCGCGACGUGAAGCGCACCUUGCACCCGGCGCGCGACCUCGACCUCGGCGUGUACAACACGCAGCGGUACAACAUCGUGUCGGGGAACGUGAACAACGCGUUCCGGCUGUCGUCGCACCGCGAGCGCGACGGGGUGCUGUACCUCGACCUGCAGAUCAACGGCUUCCUCGACCGCGAGUCCAUCGCCGCGUACAGCCUGGUGAUCGAGGCGCUGGACGGGGGCUCGCCGCCGCUGCGGGGCCUCAUGACCGUCAACAUCACCAUCCAGGACGUGAACGACAACCAGCCCAUCUUCAGCCAGAACCUGUACACCUCCAGCGUGCCGGAGAACGCGACGGUCGGCACCAGCGUGCUGCAGGUGUUCGCGACAGACACCGACGCGGGCCUCAACGGCGAGGUGGAGUACUCCAUCAACCGGCGCCAGAGCGACCGCGACGGCAUGUUCCGCAUCGACGGUGCGACGGGGCUGAUCGCCGUCAACCGGCCGCUGGACUUCGAGACGAAGGACGUGCACGAGCUGGUGGUGGUGGCGCGCGACAAGGGCGAGCAGCCGCUCGAGACGACCGCCUUCGUGUCGAUCAAGGUGACGGACGUGAACGACAACCAGCCCACCAUCAACGUCAUCUUCCUCAGCGACGACGCGACGCCCAAGAUCAGCGAGUCGGCGCAGCCGGGCGAGUUCGUGGCGCGCAUCUCCGUCAACGACCCGGACUCGAAGACGGAGUACUCGAACGUGAACGUGACGCUGGAAGGCGGCGACGGCAAGUUCGGGCUGGCCACGCGCGACAACAUCAUCUACCUGGUGAUCGUCGCGAACCCGCUGGACAGGGAGCUGCAGCCCAACUACACGCUGAGCGUGAUCGCGACGGACACCGGCAACCCGCCGCUGCACGCGUCGCGCACCUUCCACCUGCUGGUCACCGACGUCAACGACAACGCGCCCGAGUUCGAGCGGGCCUCGUACCACGCCGACGUGCUGGAGGUCGCCGAGCCGGGCACCUCCGUCGUCCGGGUGCAGGCCUUCGACAAGGACGAGGGCAACAACUCGGCCGUCGUGUACUCCAUCGCCGACGACCCCGACGGCCGCGCCUCGUGGUUCCGCGUCGACGCGCACUCCGGCGUCGUGACGACGCGCAGCCACGUGGACUGCGAGGCGGACCCCAUGCCGCGGGUGGUCGUCGUGGCGGUCGACAACGGCGUUCCCCCGCUGUCGUCGUCCGCCACCGUCACCAUCACCAUCCACGACGUCAACGACAACGAGCCCAUCUUCGACCAGAGCUUCUACAACGUGUCGGUGCCGGAGAACGAAGCCGUCGGCCACUGCAUCAUCAAGGUGUCGGCGACGGACCCGGACUGCGGCGUGAACGCGCUCGUCAACUACACGCUGGGCGACGGCCUGGGACGCGCGCGCGAGCUGGAGGUGCGCCCCACCACGGGGGAGGUGUGCGUCGCCGGAGUCCUCGACUUCGAGGCGCGCGCCGUCUACGAGUUCCCCGUCGUCGCCACGGACCGCGGCGGGCUGAGCACGACGGCCAUGGUGAAGGUGCAGCUGUUGGACGUGAACGACAACCCGCCGCGCCUCUACCCGCGCCUCUACAACGUGUCUCUGCGCGAGGGAGAAGGCUCUACCGCCGGCCCGCUGGUCACCGUGGCCGCCAGCGACCCCGACUCGGGCCGCUACGGCGCCGUCAGCUUCAGCAUCGCGGCGGGCAACGAGGCGGGCGUGUUCCGCGUCGACAAGAACACGGGCGAGUUGUUCGUGGCGCGGCCCGGCCAGCUGUCCUCCAGGUCCACGCACCACCUGAACAUCUCGGCGACGGACGGCGGCGGCCUGCGCGCCCCGGAGGACGCAGAGGUGUACCUGAGCGUGGCCGACGCCGCCCACAGUCCCCCGGCCUUCGAGCGGCCGCGCUACGCCUUCUCCGUGCGCGAGGACGUGGCCCGGGGGGCCUCGGUGGGCGCCGUGCGCGCCGCCAGCGACGACGUAAGCCCGCGCUGCGCCGCGCGCUACUCCAUCUACUCCGGGGACCCGGACGGCCUGUUCGCCGUGGACGCGGUGUCGGGCGUCGUGCGCACCGCGGCGCCGCUGGACCACGAGACGCGCGCCGCCGUGCUGCUGAACGUGAUGGCCACGUGCGGCGAGCCGCCCGCCUACGGACACUCGCAGGUUCACAUCGCCGUGGAGGACGUGAACGACAACUCGCCCGAGUUCGACUCGCGCGCCGUGCGCGUGUCGGUGCCCGAGGACGCCCGCCUGGGGGCGCCCUUGUACUCGGCGCGCGCGCGAGACCGCGACUCUGGGCGCAACGGCGCAGUGCGCUACCGCCUGGCGUCCACGGGGCCGGGUCUGUUCGGCGUGGACCCCCGCCAGGGACACCUCGUGCUGCUCAGGCCGCUGGACUACGAGUCGGCGCAGAGGCACACCGUGGUGGUGGUGGCCUCCGACUCGGGCGAGCCGCCCAGGUCCGCCAACCUGACGGUGGUGGUGGAGGUGCAGGACGUGAACGACAACCCGCCCGUCUUCCAGCGCGCCGAGUACAGCGUGAGCGUGCUCGAGUCGCUGCCCGUCGACUCGCAGGUGGUGCAGGUGUCGGCCGUGGACCUGGACACGGGCAACAACGCGCGCCUCACGUACCGCCUGCUGCCCGGCGACGACAACUCCUCGGCGGCGGCGGUGUUCGGCGUGUCGCCCAACAGCGGCUGGGUGUUCCUGCGGCGGCCGCUGGACCGCGAGGCGCGGGACCGCUACGCGCUGCGCGUGCUGGCGGCCGACGGCGGGAGCCCUCCCGGGUCGGCGACUGCGCGCGUGUCCGUCACGGUGCUGGACGCCAACGACAACGACCCGGCCUUCUCGCGCGCCGGCUACGAGUUCUGCGUGGAGGAGAACCGGCCGCGCGGCGCCUGGGUGGGGCGCGUCGACGCCUCGGACCCCGACCUGGGGCCCAACGGCGCCGUGCGCUACAGCCUCAUCCCCGCCAACUCCAGCUUCAGCAUCCACCCAGUCACCGGCGAGAUCACGACCCGCGCGCCGCUGGACCGCGAGCUGCGCGCGCGCCACGAGCUGGUGGCGGAGGCGCGCGACCAGGGCUCGCCGCCGCGCGGCGCCAGGGUCGCCGUCAGCGUGCGCGUGGCCGACGUGAACGACAACCCGCCCGAGCUGGUGGACCCGCGCGAGGACGUGGUCAGCGUGCGCGAGGAGCAGCCGGCGGGCACCGAGGUGGUGCGGCUGCGCGCCGUCGACAGGGACGCCGGCGAGAACGCGACGGUGACGUACUCGCUGCUGAAGGGCCGCGACUCGGACGGCCACGGCGUGUUCUCCGUGGACCCGCUGACGGGCGUGGUGCGCACCACGGCGGCGCUGGACCACGAGGACAAGGCCAUCUACCGGCUGGAGGUGGCGGCGGCGGACGGGGGCAGCCCUCCCAGGCAGUCGGCGCGGCUCCUGCGCGUCGAGGUGCUCGACCUCAACGACAACCGGCCCACCUUCACCAGCUCCAGCCUCGUGUUCCGGGUGAGCGAGGACGUGAAGGUGGGCCACGUGGUGGGCACGGUGGCCACCUCCGACCCGGGGCACCUCGGCGGCGGCCACGUGUCCUACACGCUCACCUCGGUCAACAGCAGCGAGGAGGAGCCCGAGCCGGAGGACAACAGCGUGCUGUCCGUGUUCGAGAUGGACCGCACCACGGGAUCGCUGGUGGUGGCGAGACAGCUGGACCGCGAGACGCGCGCCGAGUACCGCCUGGAGGUGCGCGCGCUCGACACCUCCGCCUCCAACAACCCGCAGAGCAGCGCCGUGUCGGUGCGCGUCGAGGUGACGGACGUGAACGACAACCCCCCGCGCUGGGCGCGCCAGCCCCUCGUCGUGCCCGUGCCCGAGGACGCGCCCGUCGGCGCCGCCGUCUGGAACUUCACGGCGACGGACGCCGACUCGGGCGCCGACGGCGAGCUGCGCUACGGCCUGGCGAGGCAGUGGCCGGCCCGGCCGCCGCACGCCUUCUCCGUGGACCCGCUGACGGGCACGCUGACCCUGCGCGCGCGGCUGGACCGCGAGUCCGCGGGCGAGUACGUGCUGGUGGUGCGCGCCUCCGACCGGCCGGACAACGCCACGGGUAGGCUGCAGAGCUCGCUGACGGCGCGCGUGGUGGUGCGCGACGCCAACGACAACCCUCCGGUGUUCGUGUCGCCGCCCGCGGGCAGGGAGGUGCGCGUGCGCGAGGGCUGGCCCGCGGGCGCGCCGCUGUGCCACGUGCUGGCGGCGGACCGCGACGAAGGAGAGAACGGCCGCGUCACGUACGAGCUGAGCUCCGGCGACCCGGAGGGCGUGUUCCGCCUGGACCGCGACUCGGGCGCGCUGAGCCUGGCGCGCGCCCCGGCCGCCGGAGGGAUCGCCUACGAGCUGAACGUGACGGCCAGCGACCACGGCGCCGCGCCCUUGCGCGCGCACCGCCUCGUGCGGGUCGUCGUCUUGGGAGCCGCGGGCAGCCCGCCUCGCUUCCCGCGCGCCGAGUACCGCGCCAACGUGUCCGAGGACGCCGGCGUCGGCGCCUUCGUCGUCAAGGUCACCGCGCGGGACGGCUCCGGCGGCAACCUGAGCUACUCCAUCCCGCCGGGCGCCGCCGAGGACCGCUUCGCCGUGGACGCGCGCUCGGGCGCGGUGACGGUGCGGCGGCCGCUGGACCGCGAGGCGCGCGACCUGCACGCGGUGCCCGUGUUCGCGAGCGACGAGGCUCACGCGCACGCCGCCGUCGCCACGGUGCUGGUGGCCGUGGGCGACGCCAACGACCACGCCCCGGAGUUCCCGCCCGGCGCCUGCUACCCGCUCGACCUGCCCGAGAACAGCGACCUGGCCGUCGUGCACACCGUGGUGGCCGCCGACCGCGACUCCGGCGCCAACGCCGAGAUCACCUAUACCAUCACCGGCGGCAACGCGGGCAACCGCUUCAGCCUGGACCCGCACUCGGGCGAGCUGACGGCGCGGCCGCUGGACCGCGAGGCGGCGCCGCGCUACCGGCUGCACGUGACGGCGCAGGACCGCGGCGCCUUGCGCGCCUCGUGCAACGUGUCGGUGCGCGUGGACGACCAGAACGACAGCGACCCGGCGUUCGCGCUCCCGGGCUACUCCGCUACCGUGCCCGAGGGCGCGCCCGCCGGCACCACGGUGCUGGUGGUGCGGGCCUCCGACGCCGACCUGGGCGCCAACGCGCUACUCGCCUACUCGCUGGCCAACGAGAGCGACUGGCUGUUCCGCGUCGACAACCGCACCGGGGCCGUCACCACGGCCGGGCCGCUGGACCACGAGCGCCAGAGCUCGUACGCCUUCCACGUGGUGGCGACGGACGGCGGCCGCUACGACGCCCGCUCGCAGCGCGUGCCCGUGCACGUGCAGGUGACGGACGCCAACGACAACCGGCCCGUGUUCGCGCGCUACCCCUUCAGCGCCAGCGUGCCCGCCUACACGCAGCCCGGCCAGACGCUGGUGCGCGUCGCGGCGCACGACGCCGACCAGGGAGCCAACUCGGAGGUGGUGUACAGCCUGGUGAACGAGCCGGCGGGCGGCAAGUUCCGCAUCAACCCCACCUCGGGGGCGGUGAGCGCCGCCUCCAGCCUGGCGCCCGACUCGGGCCGCCUGUUCAGGCUGCGCGUGCUGGCGCGCGACAAGGGCAACCCGCCGCAGAGCUCGACGGGGCUGGUGGAGAUCCGCGUGGGCGACGGGCCCGAGGCGGGCGCGCGGCUCCACUUCCAGAACUCCACGUAUCGCGCCCAGCUGGAGGAGGGCGCGGCGCGCGGCACCGAGGUCUUGCAGGUGUCGGCGGUGCGCACGGACGGCCGCCGCCAGCGCAUCACGUACAGCAUCGGCGCCGGCAACGACGACGGAGCGUUCGACGUGGACGGGGCGAGCGGUGCGGUGCGCGUGCGCGACCCGCGCGCCCUCGACUACGAGCGCGCGCGCGAGCUGCGGCUGUCGCUGGCGGCCGAGGGCGAGGCGGCCGACGGCAGCGUGUUCGGCUACUGCGAGGUGCACGUGUCGCUGCUGGACCGCAACGACAACGCGCCGCGCUUCACGCAGGAGCAGUACGUGGCGGCCGUGUGGGAGGGCAACAACAAGGGCACCUUCGUCAUGCAGGUGACAGCCGUCGACGCGGACGAGGACGGCAACUCGCACGUGCUGUACCACAUUGUCGACGGCAACCACGACAACGCGUUCGUCAUCGAGCCGCCGUUCUCGGGCCUGGUGAAGACCAACAUCGUGCUGGACCGGGAGAUCAGGGACACCUACCGCCUGACCGUCAUCGCCACCGACGAGGGCAACCCGCAGCUGACGGGCACCGCCACCCUCAGGGUCACCAUCAUCGACGUGAACGACAACCCGCCGACCUUCCCGCCGCACAGCGUCAUCACCGUCAGCGAGGGCACGGAGGUGGGCGCCGUGCUGACGACGGUGCGGGCCAACGACGUGGACUCCAACCCGGCGCUCACCUACCACUUCGCCGACUGGUCGGCGGACACGGGCGAGCCGGAGCGCCGGUACCGCGAGGCGCGCGCCGCCUUCAGCAUGGACCGCUUCAGCGGCAAGGUGACCCUGGUGCGGCGGCUGGACUACGAGGCGCGGCGCGAGUACCGCCUGCGCGUCGCCGUCUCCGACUCGGCGCACUCGGCGCUGACGGAGCUGCGCGUGCGGGUGCGCGACGAGAACGACAACCGGCCGCGCUUCUCCAGCUACACGUACCUCGCGUCGCUGCCGCCAGACGGCAGCGACCCGUCGCGGCCGCUGCUCGCCGUGAACGCCACGGACGCCGACUCGGGCGAGAACGGGCGGGUGCGCUACUCGCUGCUGCCUCCCGCGCCGCGCGGCUUCCUCGUGGACCCGGUGACGGGCGCCAUGUACGCCAACCGCAGCGCCGUGGGCGGCGGGCGCGCCGACGUGCAGCUGGCCGUGGUGGCGGCCGACUCGGGCCGGCCCGAGCUCAGCGACGUGGCCACCGUCACCGUGACCUUGGGCGCGGGCGGCGGGCAGGCGGCCGUCUUCCUGCAGCGCGAGUACAGGGUUCGGGUUCGUGAAGAUGCUCCCCGCGGCACGGUUAUUCACAAAAUAACCACAGCAGACCAGUUCUCAGAAGAGAGUCGUAAUGUUGUGUUCCACAUCAUUGAUGGGAACCCAGAUGGUGUAUUUCAUGUCAUUAGCCCGACGGGGGAGCUGGUGCUGCUGAAGACGCUCGACCGGGAGGCCGAGGACUCGUACACGCUGCGGGUGGCCGCGGGCGACCGCAACUCGUCGGCGGCGGUGGUGCGGGUGACCGUGGACGACGCCAACGACAACCCCCCGGUGUUCCAGCCGGCCGGCGCGGGGGGGUUCUCUGCGUCCGUGAGCGAGGGCGCCGGCGCGGGCCACAGCGUCCUGCGCCUGGCCGCCCUCGACGCAGACCAGCCCGGCUCGCCCAACUCUGAGGUGGUGUAUGAAAUUGCAUCUGGCAAUGAUGAAGACUUGUUUUCACUCGAUUUGAAGACUGGAAUAAUCAGGGUGAAUAAAGGACUGGACUACGACAGUGGGGAUACACAGUAUGUGCUAGUGGUCCAGGCAACAGAUUCUGCCAUCUCCCCCGACACACGCCUGACCAACAUCGCAACGGUCAGCAUUCAGUUGGAGGAUGAUAACGACAACUCGCCCGUAUUCCCAGUGCCCGAGUACCUGCAGACAGUUCCGGAGAACGAGCCAGCCGGCACGGCAGUGUUUACCGCCACCGCCACGGACGCAGACAGAGGCCAAUACGGGGCCGUGAACUACUCCGUGGUUCCUUCUCAAGGCCUGGAGGACUCGUGGCGCUUGUUCAGGGUCGACCCGGUCUCCGGAGUGGUGACAACCGCUGCUGUUUUCGACUAUGAGCAAAGAAGUCGCUACACGUUCACGCUGCAAGCCAGGGAUUUUGGAGGCAGGGAAGCCAACGUGAGGGUGAGAGUCGACGUGGAGGGCCGUGACGAGUUCCACCCACAGUUCACGGAGCGAACGUACAGGUUUGCGCUGCCGUCCACGCGUCUUCCAGCGGGACACAUCCUGGGGCACGUGAGUGCAACCGACCGUGACAAGGGACCCGACGGCCGAGUGGUGUACCAGUUGACAACGCAGCACUCCUACUUCAAAGUGAAUCGUACAACAGGGGCCUUGAUGGUGCGACGAAAAUUGGACGAGUCUUUUGCCCCUACAGAAGAUAUAAGCCUCGUGGUAACAGCAAGCUCGGGUUGGCAAGGUUCUCUCACAAACAUGACUGUAGUCGAGAUAACGCUGGAUCCCUUACCUAAACGUGAUAAUGAACUGUUAGGCGAAACCCUACCAGCUGCUGGCCCAGGGGGUCUGGCUGAUUGGGCGCUAGGACUUCUGGUAACGUUAGUACUGAUCGUACUGGCUCUGGGUGCCAUUUUUCUGUUCCUGCACAUGAGGAAUCGACGGCAUAAGAAAGGCAACAAACCGGCACUCAGUUCUGGUGGAGGUGGUGCUGAUGGCUUUGUCGAUCCCAGUGGAUUCGACACUAUUCCCAUCAGGGGCUCAGGAGCCCCCGGAGGGCCCGGGGUUCAGGGGGUUCCUCCGGGCUCCCAGUUCGCCCCUCCCAAGUACGAUGAAAUUCCUCCCUACCCUCCAGUGCACCGCGGUGGUGCAGGCAACAAUAACUCUGCCAGCUCAAACUCCGGCGCUGCAACAUCGGAACUGUCUGGGUCGGAGCAGUCUGGUUCCAGCGGGCGAGGCUCUGCGGAAGAUGGGGAAGACGUCGAAGAUGAGGAGAUACGAAUGAUCAACGAGGGUGGGGCAGGUACCGGGGGUAGAGAUAAUGCCGGGUUGGACGAGGACAAUCUUUCGGACGUUUCCGUGCGCAACACGCAAGAGUACUUGGCCAGGCUGGGCAUCAUGGUCGUGGAUAAUCCAGUCACAGCGUCUGGACCGCCACCCCCGCCUCCGCCCCCCUUGAACGGCCUCCAUAUGUUCGACGAGGAAGGUGGCGGCGAGGCAGAUAUCGCGAACCUCAUAUACGCCAAGCUCAACGACGGCGGCAGUGCGAGUGGCGGAGGCAGCGAGGAUGGCGGGGGAGGAGGGGCCCUGGAACACGCGAUGGUACUCAGUGGCUUCGGAGACGUGCCGACACACCACCAGCCGUCCAUGACCGGCUCCCUCAGCUCCAUCGUGCACAGCGAAGAAGAGCUGACAGGGAGCUACAACUGGGACUACCUACUGGACUGGGGGCCCCAGUACCAGCCGUUGGCACACGUCUUCUCCGAAAUCGCACGACUGAAGGACGACGCGGCAUCCGUGCACAGCGCAAACAGCGCCUCGUCGUCCGGUGCCGGGAAGGGGAAGCUCCCGCCCGCGCAGCCCAUCCCACCUCACCCGAAGAACGUUCCCCCGCCGCUCCUUACCAGCGUGGCACCGAGGUCGCUCGCAGUGCCGCGAAUCGGACAUUUGUCUUCGUCCGUCGCCGGGUCCAUGGCGCCGGCUAGUCAUCGAACGUCGAGCCUGUUGGCGCUGCCCCGGUCGCCCAUCAGUCACGACGCGACCGGCCAGGGCUUCUCGACAUCCACUGCCAUGUCGCCGAGCUUCUCACCCUCCCUCUCCCCUCUGGCCACGAGGUCGCCCUCCAUAUCGCCCCUGGUGACGCCUGGUGUUUCGCUGCCCAGGCAGAACCCUCAGACGCAAAGGACAGAUCCCACGGAGCUCAGGAUAUGAUUGAAGUGGUAUUCCGCUGUUCUGCAUUAAGUGCGCUGCUGAAACUUUGCUGAUCGGCUGCGCAUUUAGUGAAUGAAACAAGUCUGCUGUGUGUUUACUGAACGUUCAACAAGUAAUCUGCGCAGUAUAGUGAACUUGUUCUUGGUGGAAUGUGCAAUGUUGGAUUAGAAAUGAACGAACAAUUAAAGAGAGUACAUUUUGUGAAAGUAUUAUAAAAUCUAUCUGUUUGAUGUUCCAGUAUUUAGUAUUUAAUGAUAAAUCAAGAAUUCGCUGUAUUAACAUCCCUCCAGUUUUUGAUUAAUAUAUUUUAUGAAUGCAUCAAAAAAGACACACUAUGAAUUGUCAUUUAUUUGCAUUUGAAUAGUAUAUGGCUACAAUAAUUUUGUACUGAUGCUUCCAAAGAACUAAAAUUCAAUAAACAGUAUAACAAACAAAUUUUUAAACAUCACAAAAUACACAAAAAAUUUUUUUUUCUGUUUUACUGUGAACAGCAAAGUUCAAUUUGCGGAACUGAAAAAAUUUACAGGAUUGUACGUAGGUAAUACGGUAUUCCCAAAAAGUAAGGCCAUGAUUGAAAUGUAUAGUUCUGCAAAAUUAAUUGUAGGUAUUAAUGUACGGAUCAUUCAUGUAAAUAUCUGUUUGAAAUGUAUUAAAUGCGUAAAUAAUUAUGUAAAUACAUUGUAGAAAUAAUCAAAAGAUGUUAAUAAAUACAUAUACUAAAAAAACUACAACAGUAACAGGAACUUUUAACACAGCAUACCAUUAAAUUAUAGUGUGUUCUGAUGUAUACACUGGUUGUGUGUACAGUGUGUUUCUUGUUUGCUCAAAUGGUUUGUUCACAGCGCCAGAUUAUAGAUAGAUUUGGGUAGACAAAGAGCUGUGUUAUGUGGCAUGGCAGUUGAUACGUUCUUUGUUGUUUUUGUCGCCACUUCAUGUGCCAUUUACUUCCACAGUUCUAUGAGAUGAUGAUUUAUUUUGCGGGAUGUUUGUUUAAUAUGGCAGAAGAUAUUACAUUCUCGUUUCUACACAGUAUGUGAAAAACUAAAAUUCUUUGGAAUGUGAUAAUAUAUUUUUUAAAUUAAGAACUGAGUGAAAUAUAAAAAUGACACAAAUUUUUAAAAUAGAAUUUUUUCAUUCAUCAUAAUUAUUAAUUGCCUUUGUUAAAAUAUGUUACUUAUUUUUAGCGGAUUGUAUAUUUAUCUUUAAAAAAUUGUCAUAAUAUAUUAUACAUAAUGGCUUUAUAUUAUGCAGAUUCCUGUUUUGUUAACAGUAGUGCUACAUGUGCACAUAUUGUUUUAGUUCAUCAAAAACCUACAUUUACAAUGUGUUAUUUUUGACUACCUAAGUUAGUAGAUCACUCUACUAACUUGACCACAGAUUAAAAUGAAUUUUGGAUUUACAUUUUCACAAAGUAAUUCCGUUCCUUGAUAUUAUUAGUGAAACAUAUAUCAAUAAAAAAUAAUGCAUAAAAUGAAGUAAUUAAUUUUCAAAUAUUUUUAAGAAUUAAAUUUAAAGAAUUGAAAACUUCCAUUAAGCUUCAAUGUCUCUCAUGUUACAUUAUCAGUUGUUAAAAUUCAUGUAAAAAUAUUAAAACAUUUCUUUGCUGUUGGUAAACCCAAUAUUUUGACAGUAGUUUAGAUAGCAAUUUUGUAAUAACAUAUAGAUUUGCGCUAUUGUGAAGUGAUAAAAUUAUUUUUCAUGCAUUAAAAAAUUAUUGAUUGCAAAUUAGGUUUUACUGUGCUGUCAUGCAUUGCAAACAGUUCACUCAGUGCCAUAAGGUUUUCAAAGGAAAUAUUUUUAGGAAUGUACGUAUAGUAAAAAAAAAAUAGUAAUGGAAUAUUCUUAUGCCUUGUCAUACCGUCACAAAUGCAAUCUGAUUCUAAAACUGUUGGUUUACAUCAUCUUUGCAAUACAAACUUGUACAUAAAGUUGUCCAUAGUGUUCCCCAUUCUUGAACAAAAAGUUAUGUAAGUGUUUUGUAAAGUAUUAUAAAUAAUUUGCAUUUGUAUUUUUACUGAGUAAAAACUGAAAUAUUAUUUUGUGUACAAAGCAAGUGUUCCAUCGAAAAAGAAACAAAUAAAAUAAUUUUUGUAAGUGA